UUACUUCUUUCAUUUACGUUCUCUGAACACCACCAUGGCGCUGUGCAAGAGAGGGGUCCAGUGCUGUCUAACACUCUGUAAUUACCAAUUUCACGGGUUUUUGACUUCGGCGUCAUCCACCCCACGUUUAACCUACUCAAGACUAAGUGUAUUAUCGUGCAGGCAUUACUCGUUGUCCCAAGGCAGACUUGGUAUACUCCAGAAAGCUAAUGAGAAAUAUGAGCGUUUUCUUCAGCACCGGUUCCCUCAACUCUACAUCCUCUAUCACACCUUUGUAAAAGGGUUUCGUCUACUGCUCCGAGAUAUGAGGGAGACUAGGAGGAUACAGAUGAAGAUGCUCAGCAAAGAUAUCCCUUUGAGGCAGUUGCCCUAUCGUGAGAUGGAAACCUUUAUAAUGUUUCGCAAAGACAUGCUUAAGGCUAUUCCCCUGGUGUUGAUAUCGAUCCCCCCUUUUGCCAUUGUUGUGGUUUUUGCUCUUAUGUACCUCUUCCCUCGCCAGCUCCUGAUUCGUCACCUGUGGACACCGCAGCAGCAGAGUGAUUUCCAGAGGCUCUACCAUGAGCAGCGGUGUCGACAACACGGGGAGAUCCUGAAAGGCUUGGCCUGGAUUAUACCUCAGGUCAAACAAUGGAGACUCCGCAGUCACCUCCUGAAUCUCUGCAGCAAGGUGCAGAGUGGUGCCCAUCCCAGCGUGAAAGACAUCAAUGCAGUCCGUAGCGUGUUCUCUGGACAUCCUCUUGGGAUAACAGCCAUGGACUCAGGUCACAUGAGGCUGCUGUGCUCCCAGCUCCUCCUGACCCCCUGGCUCCCAGGCUUUCUGAUCCGUCGUCGUCUGAAAGCCAGAGCCCUUGAUGUUUUCUACCUUGACCAGGCUCUAGUCGCCCUGGGCCAGGGCCAACUCACUGACGAGGAGAUACACCAGGCCUGUUACCUGAGGGGGCUCAAUCCAAGCACCCUUAGCCCCAGCCAGUGUCAAGAGUGGCUCCUGCUGUGGCUUCAGCUGUCCACCCCACUCAAAGAAUCUGAGACGUCUUUACUGCUGCACAACAUGGUUCUUCUCUCUGUGAACUACCCAGAACCUUGACCAGAGGCAGAAAACACACAGCUACAACACUAUUUAUUAUAAACGAAUGUGCUCUUAGGCUUCAAUGCCUGGUGGACCAGAGAUCCAGUCAUCUCAUUUGGGGAAGAGGAGGAAAAUGCGUGUGUGUGAUAAGUAACACAGGACAGUGGUUAACAUAAAGAAUUAUUCCAUGCAUUUUAAUGCUUUGACUUACUGUCAAUUGCGUCAAUUGCUUUGACUCAAUCCAAUUGUCUUCAACUCUGGUCCUCAAGGCCCACUGUCCCAUAUGUUUUAGAUGUUUACCUGCUCUAACACACCUGAUUCAAAUGAAUGGUCAUGAUCAAGCUCUGCAAAAGCCUGACGAAGACCAUCGAUUUGAAUCAGGUGUUCUACCAGGGUUGAAGACAACUGUCUUACUCCAUUCCACUGUGCAUUUGAAUCCAGGGGGAAAGCAUGCAUGAAAACACGUCACUAAAUUACAUUAUAAAAGAAACGUGCACAUACAGUGACCAGUAACUUUAAGAUUCAUGACGCUUGCAGGUGUUAACAAUAUUGAAAAGAAAUUACGCCUACACUCAGAUAACUUUCUGAAACUUUUUUAAUACUAUAGAAGUGUUACUUCUAUAGUAUGAAAAAGUCCUACAUUUUUGGUUUGAAGUCGGUUCCCAGAUGUGCCAAUGCAACUGUACCAUCAUUACCUUUCUCUUACAAAACAAUAUCUGAAUGUUUGUGCAUGGGUUAAAGUUGUUUUCUUUACUGUGAUAUUGGAUUUUUCAUAUGUACUGACAUGUUAUGUCAACAGAUGUUUUAUCUAGCCAAUUUGACCAUGUUUUAUGUUGUUUCAUGUUAAAUGAGGGUGACAUCUCACCCUCUGGUCUGUGUGGUAAUAUCACUCAUACAUUAUUUUGUCAAAAGAAAAAGUAAAGAAUGUGUUUUAAUAA